AACAACGCGAACAAAGGCGAGGAGAGACCUGGGCGCUAACGCGUCGACGCGUUAAUUGUGCUCUUCGCGUCUGCCCACGUGCACGUGCGCCUAUCGAGAUUUCAUUGUGCAAAAGGAGCGCCGCACCAGUGAGUCGUUACAGCCAUUGCUUUGGACUUGCAACUUCUUGGAUGCGUCUAUGUAAAAACAUCGCUUGUUUAUUACCUGUGGAGUCAAUCUGACCGGUUCCAAGCUCGAAAAUGAAGCCUACACUUACAGGGCUGCCCAGUGAACUCAUCGAGAUCAUCUUUCAUGAACUGCCUUUUGCAGAUUCUGUACGCUUUUCUCAGACAUCUCGCUUCAUCCAUGAUGUCUUCAAGCACUCUGCGAGGCUACAGUACCCGCUGGAGUUGGCGUUCGCAGGCAUGGAGGACGUGUCGAUCAACAAAACAAACCCACGGGAGAAGCUGAGAAUGCUCCGACGGUAUGAAGACACCUGGUCCAGGGUCUCACUGGGGGCAGCACAGCACCUGUGUGUGAAUAUCGGCGAUUCUUUCGACGUCUGCGAGAAUGUUUUCAUGACCACACAUGACCCGCACUCGAUCGAGUUUCACCUAGCUCCGGGUCCUUUUCGCGGAGUAUCUCCACACAAAUGGUCUCUAAGAUUCGACUUCGAGAUUGUGGACUACUAUGCGGAUCCGACACAAGACCUUCUUGUCUUGUUGGAACUCAAGCACCAAAGUGAUGUAGUACAACUACAUGCGGUCUCCUUGCUGACUGGUAAACUACAUCCUCUUGCCGCUAAAAGUGAACUGUUCCUUCACGUCGUUUUCCUGGACACCGACGAACGAAAUUAUCGGAUUCGCAUAUGCGGUUGUCAUGUGGCUGCUUAUGUCGAUGAAUAUCUCGAUGGAGAGGAUAUCAUUCACCAUAUUCAUUUCGGUGUUUGGAAUUGGCAGACCGGCCAGUCUCGCAUGUUUGUAGCGGAGCCACGCAUUCGCUCCUUCGCAUUUCUCGACGAGUAUCAUAUCGCGGUGACGCACGGGGAUCUUACGCGUGUGGGUAUAAUGAUUAAGAACUUGGCGGAACCAGACUCCCAGCGUCCAACUUUUCUUGCAUAUCCUGACAUGAGCCCAUCACAUUCCACCCCCUUCCUGAUGAUCGAAUGUCGCCCUCAUCACAAUGUCGUCGAUUCAUCCUCUGUUGCAAAGCCAAUGUUUCGCUCCCGAUCUGAAGAUGGUAUAGCUGUAUUGUCUCUUACGGUGUUUGAACCGGAUGACACUAUUUUGCCGGUGAACUUUGUUGUACGAGCAAAGGACCUUCUUGCUAUCCCUUACCGUCAGGAGACUUGGACGUGGGAGGAAUGGGGGCCGCAGAUUACAAGAUGGCUUGAUGGCCUGGACAGGAUGCAGGACGUUUAUCCUCCUUGCGGCUCGAAGUAUGCAUUCCUCUCGAACGAUGACCAGAUCGUUGUUUAUGACUUCAACCCUGCAUCUAUCAACAAGACGUUGUCCUUGGGUAACGAAGACAAGGUAGAGACAAUCCUUGAAGCGAGAGUUCACGAGCUACCAGUCUUUGUGUGCCCGGUCAGCACAUCGCUCCCCUGUCGAAGGUAUACGGUUACUAUUCCUAUUUGGAAGGUCGAAAAGAUGGAGGAAGUUAUGCUGAUGGAUGAUGGGAUAGCUGUUACGGAUCUUGUAGAGGAUGCCGAGGGUGAGCCAGUAGGCUCUCGUAUGCACAUCUUUACCCUCCAAUGAUGAAAUGUUGUGCUUUUGUUGUUGCAUGCCUGAUUGUAUCUUCGAGCAAUGGGGCUUAUUGAUUUAGAAUGAACAGAUACUGAACAUAUCCAUGUUCGGUCUCUAUAACUCGCGAAGUUCACAGUUGUUACGCCAUGUACAAAUGCGCAAUCUUCACCCUACGUACCUGCUUGAAAUUCCUUAGUCUUUCGUUGUUUGCGCACCGCCUCCAUCCUCACAACCUCAAGAAAGGUAUCCGCGAUGUCGUUUCUCCCGCGUAGUGUCUCUCUGCUUAUGAACCAGAGUAAAAUGUCGAGAAGACUUCAUUCUCCGGCUUCAAAGCACAGCCUACCUUCCAUGACCACUCGGCCAGGUACUACGCAGACCAACCUGAACUAGGUCAAUCUUACAGUCUCAACGCAUGGCCGAGGUCUUUGAUGCACGAUAAGUGCGUGUAUUCAAGUUAUGGAUUGAGGUCCCUCUCAGCUUGCAGUAGUGGUAAAUAAUAUUACAGCGGCAUCGCGAGGUCAGUAGCGAAUACAGCAUUCUCAAUGAUUCAAUCAAGGUACAAAUCACGA